CUUCAUCUGUAUUUGUAUUCUUAUUUCGUUCUGUCGUAAAAUGGUUUGGGGAAGGGUGAUCGUCGGUCGAAGUCACAGGUUUCCGAUUACUUGUUUUUGAAGUUCUGCUUUUCAUUUUUCCUGAAUUUGUAACCUGUAUUUUCUGAGCUCUUACUUCCCGAAUAGUUGGAGAUGUUUCUGUCGCUUCGAUUAUUUUCGAUCUGCCAUUCUCUAYAUCCCCACCCCCAUCAGAACCUGUUUCGUCUGUUUGCGUCUCUGCCUUGCGAGCAAGACGCCUUUUCCCUAUUCGGUGUCUAAAAACAAUUAGUGCGACAAUAACAGCAACAGCUACUACUGAAGAGUAGAUGCUAAUGACGACUGGCUUCGAUAAUUCACCUUCAUCGUUGUAAAAAAUGUUUUCAUAAACAGGCGCAACAUUCUGCUCUUGGUUUUCCUCUUCAUGUUUCGUUGAUGAUACAAAUGAAACAGGCUCCCCAUCAAUUGACACGGAAAUGACUUCUGCAUUUUCAAAUUUAACACUUCCCAAAUAAUCUUCUAAAUCAGCUGCUCCCCAAAAGGAAAAGUAAACAUUCAGACUCUGAGCUAAAGCAUCAAUGGAAGGGCCUUCGUCCUUGUAAUACGCGACUCCAUCCAUCUGAAUUAGAUACUCAGUACCCAAAGACUUCGUAUCGUUGAAAACUGAAAUAAGGCCAUUAGAAUCAAGGUGGGAAAAAUCGAAUCUAUAAUUCUCACUGCUUUCUUCAAGAACGCCCUCUAGAAAAGUGACAAAAUAUGAUUGGAUUUGGUCAACAGAGACAUCUUCUCCAUUUGAGAGAAUCACAUCAAAUGCGAUAAUGGGCAAGAGAACCCCAGGGUCUUCCGUUGGUGAUAUUGUUGGUGUUGUCGAUGGGAAUCCUGUCGGUGAUGGUGUCGCUACUGUGGGUGAUGACGUGGUCACAAUAGUAGGUUUCCUUGUAGGUGAUCUGGUUGGCCUCUUCGUAGGAGUGGCCGUGGGGWAAAGUGUCGGCGCUUUGGAUGGUUCUGCGGUUGGGGCUGGUGAUAUUGUUGGUUCUGCCGACGGAGACGCAGUUGGCGUCCUCGUAGGACUUCGCGUUGGAUCUUUGGUCUUCUUCGCUGCACAAUCUCCGAGGAGAGUAGCURAGAAAAAGGAUAAGAAAUACACGAAUAUCGCUCUUCUCCCGAAAACCAUCGUGAAUUCGAACAGGUAAUUGUAAUUAUAAUUAUGCACUUCCUUUGUUGAUAGUGUAGCUGUAACUGGUUUCGUUUGAGCAAGAGUGAUAAUAUCAAAGCCGCUAAGAAAUCUACGUUUUCAUC